CUGAAAAUGGGCCCAAUAGGUGCAGAGGCUGAUGAGAACCAGACAGUGGAAGGAAUGAAAGUGGAGCAGUAUGGUCCAGGGCAAACCACUCCUAGAGGUGAGCUGGCCCCUGACCCUAAGCCAGAGCUUAGAGACAGCACAACGCUGAUUGAAGUGCAGAUUGUCCUCAUAUUGGCUUAUUGCUCCAUCAUCUUGCUUGGAGUGAUUGGCAACUCCUUGGUGAUCCACGUGGUGAUCAAAUUCAAGAGCAUGCACACCGUAACCAACUUUUUCAUUGCCAACCUGGCUGUGGCAGACCUUCUGGUGAACACCCUGUGCUUGCCAUUCACUCUUACCUACACCUUAAUGGGAGAGUGGAAAAUGGGCCCUGUCCUGUGCCACCUGGUGCCCUAUGCCCAGGGCCUGGCAGUACAAGUGUCCACGAUCACCUUGACAGUCAUUGCCCUGAACCGGCAUCGCUGCAUCGUCUAUCACCUGGAGAGCAAGAUCUCCAAGCGAAUCAGCUUCCUGAUUAUUGGCUUGGCCUGGGGCAUCAGCGCCCUGCUAGCAAGCCCCCUGGCCAUCUUCCGCGAGUAUUCUCUGAUUGAGAUUAUCCCUGACUUUUCGAUUGUGGCCUGUACGGAGAAGUGGCCUGGUGAGAAGAGCGUGUAUGGCACCGUCUACAGUCUUUCCUCCUUACUGAUCCUGUAUGUUUUGCCUCUGAGCAUCAUUUCUUUUUCCUACACGCGCAUCUGGAGUAAACUGAAGAACCAUGUCAGCCCUGGAGCUGCGAAUGAUCACUACCAUCAGCGAAGGCAAAAGACCACCAAAAUGCUGGUGUGCGUGGUGGUGGUGUUCGCGGUCAGCUGGUUGCCUCUUCAUGCCUUCCAACUCGCUGUGGACAUUGACAACCAAGUCCUGAACUUGAGGGAGUACAAGCUCAUCUUCACCGUGCUCCACAUCAUUGCCAUGUGCUCCACCUUUGCCAACCCCCUUUUCUACGGCUGGAUGAACAGCAACUACCGAAAGGCUUUCCUCUCCGCCUUCCGCUGCGAGCCCAGGUUGGACACCAUUCACUCGGAAGUGUUCGUGUCAUUCAAGGCUAAAAAGAACCUGGAAGUGAAAAGGAAAUAUGGCCCCAAUGGCUCUUUCACAGAGGCAACCAAUGUCUAA